AUCUUUGUCAUCAAACUUGCUCUCUUUGCCCGUCUUCUUGGUCUUUCUCCUUAGGUUUUGUAGGAACAUUGGCAUCAUCAUGGAAAGAAACUUGGAAGAAGAAUCUAAGGAUAUGGCAGAAAGUGAAUUUGAUCAAUCAAUAUUACUUUCAAUGUCCAAGUCACCAGGCCAAAAUGGCAGACCAAGCAGUAUGAUUCUCAAGAAAUCAAAGUCUGUAAUCCCAGCUCAUUUGGUAGCUGAAGCGAUCUCGACACUGCAAGGUCUUGAUCUGAGAUGGUCCGGUCCGAUAACACCUACCGAAAUGCAGUAUGUCGAGCAAUAUAUUGUUGCAAAAUAUCCUCAGUAUUGCACUGGAGUCGUGGAAGACGGAGAAAAGAUGUUGGACGUUGAUAAUCUAUCGAACAGCGAGGAAUCCUUUGAGACUGUUGUUGAUAAUAAGCGGAAAUCACCGAGGGUUGUGAGCAGUAGGGAGUGUUUUUCGUCUUCGUCGAUUAGUGGUAUGGUCGAUAUCGACAACACUCGAUUGGAGCCUUCGAGGCUUUUCGAUAUCCUCUCGAGGAAGACUUCUUUCCAAGGGAACUUUGUUUCAAUACCCGAAAUUCAAGCUCAAAACAGGGCGUUGAAGCACUGUGGGCUAAGUGAAGACGAGUAUUUAGUUCUUUUCAUGCCGAAGUACAAGGAUGCUAUGGUGCUGAUUGGUGAAAGUUACCCUUUCUUUAAAGGGAACUAUUAUUUGACGAUCAUCGGCGAAGAGUCGGAUUACAUAAGGGAAUUCGCCGGCCAGAGAGAAUCGAAGGUCAUUUCGGCACCGGAAACAUGGUUGGAUUUAAGGAUUAAAGGGUCUCAACUUAGCCAAAACUUUAGGAGAAAAUGUAAACAUACCCCAAAAGGGUUGUUUUCUUAUCCGGCUGAUGUAAACGGGACAACUCGACACUCGUUGCAUUGGAUCUCGGAGGCGCAUAGAAACUCGUGGCAUGUCCUCCUGGAUGCGACUAGGCUGGUUCUCAGAGAGGGUCAGCGUCUGCCGCUCGCGCUCCACCGGCCGGACUUUGUGUUAUGCACGGGUGAUAACACCCAUGCUCAGCAUUCCAAGAUUACCUGCCUCCUUGUUAGGAAAAGAUCAUUUGAUACCACCUCUUGUGCUCCGUAGACUUGCAUUUUCAUGAGUUUUACUUUGAUUCGUAAUGU